AUGUCUCAGAUUCCUGUUGAUAAAUUCGCUAAAUUAGUUACCGGAGCCGGUUCUGCUCUCUUAUUACUAGGUUCAGGUGCUUGGAUGGUCAAUUCCAGUUUAUAUGAUGUUGGAGCCGGGCAUAGAGCUGUGGUAUACAACCGUAUCACUGGAAUCAGUGAGACCACACAUGGCGAGGGAACCCACUUCAUAAUUCCCUGGUUUGAACGUCCUAUAAUUUACGACGUGAGGACUCGCCCUAGGACUCUGAUGUCGCUCACCGGAAGCCGAGAUUUGCAGAUGGUGAACAUCACGUGCCGUGUGCUGUCACGUCCCGAUGAGCGCAGACUCAGGGAUAUUUAUAGGCACUUGGGGAAAGACUACGACGAGCGCGUCCUGCCCUCAAUAAUAAAUGAAGUACUGAAGAGUAUUGUGGCCCAGUAUAAUGCCUCGCAACUCAUUACACAGAGGGAAAGAGUUAGCAAAGCAGUCAGAGACCAGUUGGUGAACAGGGCCAGAGACUUUAAUAUUCUUCUUGAUGACGUUUCUCUAACUCACUUAAGCUUUAGUCCUGAGUAUGAGAAGGCAGUAGAGGCAAAACAAGUUGCUCAGCAACAGGCCGAGCGUAGCAAGUAUAUUGUCUUGAAGGCUCAGGAGGAGAAGAAAUCAACGAUAAUCAAGGCCCAGGGAGAGUCCGAAGCUGCAAGGCUUAUUGGAAGCGCGAUUAAAGAUAACCCUGCAUUUAUUACGCUUCGGAGAAUUGAAACCGCUAAGGAGGUGGCUAACAUUCUCUCCAAAUCGCAGAAUAAAAUCAUGCUCAAUAGUAAUACCCUUCUACUCUCAACUGAUAAAUAA